AGUAGAGUUCUUCCUCUACGUUGUGCUCCUUCGAUACCCUUUCACUUGCGAAUGUACAACAACACCGGCGAGGCGGAAGGUACCGCGUACGUCUACAUCCGCGUGUGCGACCUGCAAAUCCAAUACGGCAACAUGCCCAGCGGACUGGACAGCGGCUUUCACGUGGACGGCCUCUACGUAGUGCUCCGCUGCGGUGACGAGGUGCGGCGCACGAACUGCCUCUGGCCGUCCACGCCAUCGUUCCCAAGCUCUAAAGGCCGCCUGAUGGACGCGAUGGUUGGUGAGGAAGACGAGAAUGACUGGGUGUGGAAUGAGCUUUUCCGGUUUGAGCUUCCCCACGAGUCACCGGUGACAGCCGACUCAACGGCGAUACCUUCCCAGCAAGGACAGAGAAACGGUGCGUCAGCGGCGGGAGGGAACUCCUCUUCCUCCCCCGUAGCGCGUCCAUCUCUUCCUUCCGUGCCGGCGGUAGCCAGUUGUGAAGGUCUCUUUAGCGCGGUGCUGCCCAUGUCCACUGCCGGCGCUGCAGCCGCGGCAGCAGCAGCAGCAGCUACGAUGAGCAGUGCUGGAGGAGUGAGUGCGCAACACUCCUCGGCUUACAGCCCACAAUCCCCUGCGCCGAACUCUACCCCGCCUCUAGGCGGAUUCCAACAACACACGAGCACGAACUCGCCUGCGGCAAACGCAAGCAACUCGCCUUUCCUUCACCCUGCCGUUGAUCUCGAGCUGUGGCGCAGCACACCCAACUCCGAAAACUGCCUCGGUCGCUACACCUACCACGUCCCGCUGGAGCUCCUGCACGGCGGCUACGGACUGCAUCCGCUGGACGUCGUCGCGGAGCGAGUGGUGCCGCUACGGACGAGAGAGGCACCGAGCAUCAUGGGCAACCUGUACGGCUGGAGCGGGCACCGCCUCAGUCUGCGGCUGCGUGUGCAGGCGGUUGGACUCUCGCCCGUCGCCGCGGAGUGGAUGCUGCCGGCUGGAACUGCCAGCACGUCGUCCGCUGGAGCCGCAGGGAACUACACACUGCCGUACGCAUUCGCGAUGAACGACCAGACCGGCCGAACGGCGGUGCUCAACGCGAGCUACGUCUCGUCGAUGGGGAGCAUCAAUCCCGUGCUGGCGAAUUUGUUAGCUCCUCUCGGUGUGCUGCCGAUGUCAGGGCAAGGAGGACCGGCGGUGCGUCCAGUGCCGGGUGUGGUGGGGAUGGGCGAGCCGUGGAAUGCCAAUCUACCCCCUGUCUUUCCUCUCUUUCCUUCGCCUUCAGCGGGCGCGGUGCUGCAGUCCCCGACGGGCUCCUCUGCGCUGCCGGCUUCGAGCGAGCAGGGCAUAUUGGGGGAGGGCAACCCGGCGUGGCGGGGAGGCGUGCUGCCGGCGGUGCUCCAUUGA